GUGGGCGCUAAUAACGUCAUCUUCAAUUUUUGUGUUAGCCAUAAAUAAUAAAUACGUAUCCGAUAUAAUAUUGGAGUGCUGAUGCUAGCUUUGCUGCAUUGCCUCAUGUAUAAGCAGCGAAAAUUAAUACUUACAUGAACACAAACGUACCAACGUUUAAUUUGAACGACCAAUUUGCAACUACAUGUCACAUCUUAAGUUAUUUUUGUUUCAUAUAAGUGAAAACUUCGCAAUUAAGAUUUACUUUGUUAUACGUUUACGACUUGUAAAUAAAAUCGAAAGUAAUCGAUGAUAAGAAUGAGUUUAGUCGCUGAUGACUGGUAACUAUGGAAACGAAAUUACUUUAGGACUUUUGAAAGAAAACAUACUCUUAUUUUACAACUGAUUACUUGCUGACACCUGGUCUUUAAGGUUUUAUAAACAAUGAUAAUUUGUGACAACUGAAAGACUCAAAAUCAAGAUUCAAACCAAAAAGUACGAUCAAGCUGAAAAGUGCAUUAACAUUAUAUAUUUCAACACUGCAAAAAGUCGCAAAAUCUGUAUAAAAGUUGCAAGUGUGUGUAAAGAUGAAAUCAAUCAAUUUUAAUAUGUUUUUAUCGUAAAGCGACAUAAUUAGUUCUACGAAGUUAAUAGAUCUAUAAUAUCGAUACUUUUGGAAUAUCGAUUUCGAAACAAUGCCUCCGAAAGUGAUAGUUCUAAUAUUAGUUGUUGGAACUGUUUAUGCUAUAACAUGGAGUAGCAAAUUAGACAAGAAGCCAGAAGAAUUUGCCGGAAAAGAAGGCUGCUAUAUCAAGGAAAUCAACGACGUUAUACCUUUUAACGAAUCUAUUAAUGUUAAGGGGUAUUGUUAUCUGAUACAUUGCACGAAGAAAAUCGUUCAUUACGUUUCAUGCGGUGCGGCACCAGCCGAGCGUGAAUAUUGUCUUAUAAAUGAAGCUGACUUAGAUAGACCAUACCCAGGGUGUUGUCCGCUAGUCAGAUGCUUUGAAUCUGAAAUCGAAUGGUUAGCUGAUAAUAAAACCAAUUCGAAACAUAAGGCUUAGAACUUAAAACAAUAUUAAGAAAUUAUGAGUCGACCACAAAUUAGGCGUAUUCCCAUUAUGUCGUGAUAGAUUAUUGUGUCGUUUAAACUGUCGUAACUUUUGUUUUGAUCGGUCCAAAAGUUAUUACGUUCUCAAUUUGUCUGUUUUAGUACGAAGAUCUGAUAAACAACUUAUGUUUAUCAGAUCUUCGCACUGUGUGAA